AUGAGCUUCGGAUUUAGCCUAGGUGACCUGGUCACCGUCCCACAGUUCGCAUGGAACGUGUACCACACCUGCAAGAAUUCGCCCUCUGAAGCUCGAGUCAUGGCAUCGGAGCUAUUCGCCCUGUGUGGCAUCCUACAGACCCUGGGCGACGGUAGGGUUCAUUAUAUGCGAACGCUGGCAGAGUCCGAGAGGCUCCGACUACUAUCGGCCUACAAUGUGUGUCGCGAUGUGCUCCAGGACGUCUCGACCACUCUGCGAAGGCAUUCUGAGCUGAUCAAGGACAACCCUCACCUCUUUGCGCGCCUAAAAUGGGGCGCCGAAGACGUCCCAGCGUUGAGGCUGCGCAUCAUCUCUAGCACCUCGCUGCUAACUGCGCUUCAAAGCAGUAGACAGUCACUCUUGGAGUCCAGAAUGGAGGGCAAAGUUGACGAAAUCCUCGCGCGGCUGGGAGCGUCACCAUGCGAGCGGAUUCAAUCACAAUCAAGGCUUAACAUGCUCGAGAUUGAGGGCAAGGCGCAGCACCUCUUGUUGGCAAAUGGGAAUGAGACCAGCUUCGCGACAUUACCACAACUACACCAAUCCUCGUUCCCCCGGCUCGUCGCCUUCACCAAAGACACCCAGGCACCCGUGCUCUUACAGCCAUCAGAGCUACGCCCCACAUCAUCUUCCCGACUACGUGUCUCACUCACAUCGCCCUUCUCCCAUUCCAAACCAUCCACCGCCAAAGCGGACGCUCUCCCUCGUGCCGCCGCCGCCUCCAACCUCCGCAAACUCCAGCACCUUCUAGCUUCUGGCUAUCCCGUCGACCAUCUCGAUAGUAACCAUGGCUACACUGCUCUGCACAACGCUGGCAUGUCCGGCUCCCUCACUACCCUCACCCUCCUCCUCUCGCACUGCGCCUCGGUCUCCACCCCGGACGUCAAUGGCGCAACAGCCCUCCACCACGCCGCGCAGAACGGACACGUGGAUGCGUCCCUUCUACUCAUCCAGAACGGUGCCGAAAUAGAUGCGGUAGACAGCGCAGGACACGCACCACUGUUCUAUGCACUGCAGAACGGACAUCUCUCUGUCGCGAAUGCCCUACUAGGGAGGGGUGCGAAGAUGGGAUUAGUGGAAGAUAGGGAACGGACACAUGAUUAUUGGGCGAGCAGACUUGCUCUGUACUUCGACAACGCCGGAGCCGAUAAACGGAACUACCCACGACUCACGAUUGGCGACAACAACCACGGGGAUGAAUGA